AGUAAUAAAUAAUUUGGAGUGUUUUGGAUGACUGAAAUGUGAAAGUAAAGCCAGCCUUGAGGUCAUGUAAUAGUUCUGCAAAACCUGAAGCCAUCUUAAAGUCAGAAUGCCUCCCACUCAGGCAGAAAGUGUUAUAAAGAAUAUCAUUCGAGAAAUAGGACAAGAAUGUGCAGCCCAUGGAGAAGUGGCCUCUGAAACUCUGGUUGCUUUUAUGGUGAAAGCUGUUGUCCUGGAUCCCAGAAAUGGCUUUAACAUGGAUAGAACCCUCACCAAAAGUGACGUGGAGAAACUUGUUAAGGUUUGUGUGAAUCGGCUACAGGACGAUAAAAAUCCAUCCCUGGCCACCAUUAAGAUGCAAGUCUACUUUGAUAUGAAUUACACAAAUCGAGAGGAGUUUAUUGAAGAACAUCACCGGAUCAUGGAGUCUAAAUUAGGCUUCAUUAUCAAAGAAAUUACAGAUAACAGAGCAUGUUCUCGAGAAGAAUUGGAAAGCCUCUACCGAAAGAUCGUCAGCUAUGUGUUACUGCGCUCUGGGGUCGGAUCCCCUACAGAUCUCAAGGUUGUCAGAGAGGCAACAGCUGCCCUGCAGAGUAUUUUUCCUCAGGCCGAACUUGGGACAUUUCUAAGCCUCUCUAAGAAGGAAAAAGAACACCAGCUGAAAGAACUCUCCAUGAUUGUCACUGGAAUUCGUUUAUUUAACCGAGAGACUGGAAAGGGAGGAGAAAGCAUUGAAUACCUGCCAGCUAUUCUACAGGAAGCAAUCCCAGCCACCACUCAACAUAUUGACUCCCAACUACAGAUAGCUCAAGAACAGGCAUACCGCUACACGGCCAUCCUUGAGAAGGUGACAGAGAACCCGUUCCUGGCUGCAGACAUGCAGCCGUAUAUGUUAAAAGAAGCGCUCUAUAAUGUGCGGCAGUAUGAGAUCUUCCUUCAGAUCAUUUUGUCAGAAAUAAUUAGUUGUGCUCAAGAAGUGGAAUUGCUGACAAAGCAGUUAGGAGCCCUACUUGAACAAUUAAUAAUGACUGUAAAGUCGAAGACGGCUGUCCCAACGUCACAGGUCUUUCCCAUCUUCAUUGCACUUUCCAAUGUGUGGACUGGCUUUCAGGAUGAAACUGUUUUGAUUGGAAUCCUCACUAAUUUAACCGCUAACCUUGAGCGCUUUCUGGGCACUCAUGAACUGCUGUUUCCUGAAGGAGUAAUGCAAGAUCUUCUUGAUGAAGUAACUGUGAAAACGGACAUGAUUCGACUGAAAGAACACAUGGGAGAAAGAGUACAUCCAAUGGAAUUCAAAAGACAACAAUGGCUUUUCCCAGAAACAACAGCAAAUUUUGAUAAGUUGUUAAUCCAGUACCGGGGGUUUUGUGGUUACACAUUGGCUACGACAGAUGGGCUUCUCCUCCCAGGAAAUCAAGCAAUUGGGAUUUUGAAAUAUAAAGAAAAAUAUUACACUUUCCACACCAGAGAUGCGGCAUAUUCGUUUGCAGAGAACCCUGAAAAGUACAUUAACUUGGUUACAGAAAAGGCCAAAAAGCAUGCAGAAUUAAUUCAGCUACUGGAACUUCACGAGCAAUUUGAAACCCUCAUUCCCUGUUCUGAGCUCAAAGAUACUGGCAAACGUUUUAUAAAACCAAUUACAAGUGAAACCAGCACACAGACGGAUACACACAUAUUACCACCAACAAUUGUGAGAUCAUAUGAGUGGAAUGAAUGGGAAUUAAGGAGAAAAGCUAUAAAAUUGGCCAAUUUGCGGCGGAAAGUUACUCACUCGGUACAAACCGAUCUCAGUCACAUGAGAAGAGAGAAUUGUUCACAGGUGUACCCUUUAAAGCAUGUGGGCACGCAGUGCAAGAGGGAAGGCAGCACCGCAGUGCCCAGGCCUCAGAUUUUCAUAGCUGGUCUCCGCGGGGGGCAGAGUAAAACUACCGGGGCUGUCAAGGUGAACCUAACCAGAGCUGUGGAUGAAACCUAGUUAGAGACCAUAUUUUUAAAGAAGCUAUCACCAAACUGUGAGCAGUGGCAGGUAUUUAAAAGUAUUUUUGCAUCCAUGAAAUUUCACGAAUGUUGUGGUGCUGGCACAUUCAUUAGUUGUGUGAAUUUUUUUUGAAAAAACUAACAAAUGGUUUUCUGUGACAUAUUUUUCAUUCUAUUAAAAUUGAAAAAUAAAACUCGGUCCAUUCAUCUUUUAUUUGUUAGAAAAGUUUGGCACAUUAAGACUGAAAUUAUGAUGCCAUUUAGAUGUUAAUAUAAGAUUAUUAUGCCUGGGUUAGAAAUUUCUUUCUAAAAUCAUAUUUA